GUUUACUGCCCUACUUUGUCUCAUUCUUUAAGCUUUACACACACUCCAUAAAAUUCUCCUAGUACUGUAAAAAAUACAUGGAUCAAGAUUCUGUGGGCAGAGUGAAUAUUCCUGUGGAUCAGACUGCACCAGCUGAUCCCAAUGAUGAUCUUGAUGCUGAUUCUUUAAUUUACAAAAUAAAGGGGUUUAAUAGAUAUGCACUUGCCUGUGCCAUUUUGGCCUCCACCAAUUCUGUUCUUUUGGGCUAUGACAUUGGAGUGAUGAGUGGGGCGGUGCUGUAUCUGAAAGACGACAUAAAGAUCUCGACAGCUCAAGUGGAAAUUUUAGUAGGCUCAUUAAAUGUUUGCUCGUUAAUUGGAGCAUUAGCUUCGGGCAAAACUUCGGACUGGAUUGGCCGGCGUUACACUAUUGUUCUUUCUGCGAUUACAUUUCUGUUAGGCGCAAUCCUCAUGGGCCUUGCACCUUCAUUCCCUUUUCUGAUGGCUGGGAGAGUCAUCGCUGGUAUAGGUGUCGGAUACUCCCUCAUGAUAGCUCCGGUCUACACUGCAGAAGUUUCUCCGGCUAUGACUCGUGGCUUCCUCACAUCACUCCCUGAAGUGUUCAUAAAUGUUGGCAUACUCCUUGGCUUUAUAUGCAAUUAUGCAUUCUCUGGUUUACCGGUGAAUAUUAAUUGGAGACUAAUGCUAGGUCUCUCGGCUGUGCCUGCAGUAGUUGUGGCUGUUGGAGUGUUUAACAUGCCUGAGUCUCCACGAUGGUUAGUUAUGAAAGGACGGUCAGAUGAAGCGCGGGAUGUUUUGUUAAGAACAUGUGAUUCUAAGGAAGAGGCUAACAUGAGACUUGAGGAGAUGAUGUCAGCAACAGGUGAUAGUCCUGGUCAUGCAAAGUCAGCUAGUGAAUGGAAUGGUGAAGGUGUUUGGAGGGAGCUUCUAAGACCAACGCCAGCGGUUCGAAGAAUGUUGAUCGCCGCAAUUGGAAUCAACUUCUUUAUGCAAGCAUCAGGAAAUGAUGCAGUGGUUUAUUAUACGCCAGCCGUUUUCAAGGCUGCUGGAAUUCGGAAGAAGAAAAUGCUUGUGGUGGUUACUAUCAUUAUGGGGAUUGCUAAAACUUCUUUUGUUUUGGUAUCAGCAUUGUUUCUGGACAGGUUUGGAAGGAGGCCCUUAUUAUUAUUGGGCACAAUUGGGAUGGCAAUUUCUUUAGCUGGGUUGGGCUUAGGCUCAAGAUUUCUUGAGGCUUCGGAUCAUAAACCUGUAUGGGCUAUUGCCCUCUGUGUAGUGGCUGUUUGUGCUGAUGUAUCAUUCUUCUCGAUUGGGCUUGGGCCUAUUACUUGGGUUUACUCGUCGGAGAUUUUCCCGAUGAGGCUCCGAGCCCAGGGUUCGAGCUUGGCUGUGUCGGUGAAUCGGGUGGUUAGCGGAGCUGUAUCGAUGUCAUUUCUUAGUAUUUCAAAGAAGAUAUCAUUUGCAGGAACGUUUUUUAUUCUGUCUGGAGUCAUGGUUUUAGCUGCAAUUUUUGCUUAUUUUGUUGUGAGAGAAACAAAAGGGAAGACUUUAGAAGAGCUUGCUACACUAUUCGAUGAUGAAGAUACAAAGCAAAACAAGGUCAGGCAAAAUAAUGAGGAUUAUUGAUGUCUUUAUUCUUAAUCCGAUUCUCUAUAAUGGUGCAUUAUCCUUUGAUUAAGAAUUAUAACUACAUCUGAGCACCUAUGUGUAACUAUAACUGUGCCAGUUGUUGAUUAGUCGAAACUUAAGCCAUAUAGUCUAGCGGAUAUGGUAAACAAAGUUGUUGUCUGUUUUCGGUAACAAGAAUUACAGUAAAAGAAAGUAAGGACAUGGUUUCUCUGAGAUUUGUCGGACAAAUGUGUGUAU